AUGGGAAGAGCUAUCAAGGGACAAGCAGUUGCAAAUUUACUAGAAUUAUUCCUUGGGGAAGGCACUACUGCGUUACGUGAGGAUCUUCCUGGAGAAUUUCCAGAUAUCUCCGUUGUCGAAGAAGAAUCAUGGCUAUUAUAUUUCGACGGUUCUGCCACUCCUAGAAAUAACACUGGAGGGGCAGGCAUAGUCCUAGUAUCUCCGACCGGUGAAGUCUUCUCACACUCCUUCAAGCUAGAUUUUAAAUGUACUAACAAUUCAGCAGAGUAUGAAGCCUUCCUCAUAGGACUGUUAUUAGCCAAGCAAGCUAGGUCCACAUGUCAGGAAAUAAGAGGUGAUUCUAAGCUACUGGUUAAUCAGAUGAAUGGAGUAUAUACAUUGAAGGAGGAACGAGAAUUGCUUGAAGAAUAUGGAAUUAAACAGAUCUUCUCCACCAUCUACUAUCCUCAAGGGAAUGGGAAGUCUGAGAGCACCAAAAAAACGUUAUUUCGGAUUCUCAGCCGAACAGUACACGACAAUCCCAAAGAGUGGCACGAACAACUGCCGAUGGCGCUAUGGGCGUGUCGGACGGCACCUAGAAGUUCCAUCGGGGUUUCUCCAUAUUCACUUGUUUACAGUGCGGAUGCGAUCCUCCCAGCAGAAAUCAAGAUCCCAUCAGCCAGAAUUGCAGCAGCAAGUGGGGUCCACUGGAACGAGGCUAAAGCAUCUAACUCCAGAAUCGCUGAGUUAGACACUCUGGAUUCCAUAAGAAGCAAGGAAGAGGAACGUACUCAGGUGUACAGAAAUAGGAUCUCCAUGGCAUAUGACAAGACUGUGAAGCCACGAGUUUUUAAAGUAGGAGAUUUAGCCUUGAAGACGGCCAAACACAUCCAGCAAGACAUGUAUGCGCCAAAGUUCUCUCCGAAGUGGGAAGGUCCCUACAUGAUUACCAAGGCUUACAGUACCGGCUACUACAAAAUCGUUAAGGUGGAUGGAGGCAAGUUAGAAGCAGUCAUUAACGAAAAAUGGCUCAAGGCAUACCAUGAUUGA